UACUAAUUUUAAUGUGAUUACCCUAAUAAUGGUAACAUGUGCGUUAUGUUUUAUUGGAGGUGCUACUUUUCACAUCAUGGAUACUAUCGAUAAAAAUAAAAAAGAAGAUAUCGCCGGUUUAUUGUUCUUACCGAUAAUAUAUGUUAUCUUUCAUUUGAUUUGGGUUUUUAUUUGGUGCAACAUAGGACAACACUUGAAGAACGUGACCGAAGCUGUAUUUUAUAAAGCUAACGAGACUCCUUGGUAUUUAUUGUCGAAACAAUCAAAAAUAUUAUUAUUUUUAAUGAUAGUAAGAGCAAGUAAGCCAACUUAUGUAUCAGUCGGUAAUAUGUUUAUUGCGUCUCACGAAUUUUUUGCUCAGCUCGUAAAAAUGUCGAUGUCUUACGCCAUGGUUCUGCAUUCGAGAAACUAAUGAGGUGCA